AUGUUGAAGAAGGUCGUCGAUGCCAUCCGAGAACUCGUUCAGGACUGUAAUUUCGACUGUAGCGACACUGGCAUCUCUCUCCAAGCCAUGGACAACUCCCACGUCGCCCUCGUUUCCCUCAAUCUCAAAGCCGAAGCCUUCUCUCCCUACCGCUGCGACCGUACUCUUGCGCUCGGAAUCAACCUAAACUCUCUCCAGAAGGUUCUCAGAGCAGCGCAGGACACUGAUAUUAUGACCUUGAAAACAGAGGAUCAUCCAGAUGUGGUUAAUAUGGUCUUUGAAAAUGCGUCAAGCGACCGGUUGAGCGAAUAUGAUAUCAAACUUAUAGAUAUUGAUCAGGAACAUUUGGCUAUUCCAGAGACGGAAUACGCGGCUGUAGUGGAGCUGCCAGCCGCAGAAUUCAGACGAAUUUGUGUGGAUUUGGGCAAUUUGUCCGAAUCUGUCUUGAUCGAAGCCAACAAGGAUGGCGUGAAAUUCUCCUGCCAGGGUGAUAUCGGAAACGGUGCGGUCACGCUCCGUGGACAUACCAGUGUCGAUAAACCCGACCAAAAUGUCACCAUCUCCCUCACCGAACCCGUCGCUCUCACCUUCUCCAUCAAAUACCUUGUUAACUUCUGCAAAGCGACAAGCUUAUCCGCGAAGGUGCGCCUCUGCAUGUCGCAGGAUGUGCCAUUGCUGGUGGAAUAUAGACUAGAGGGAAGUGGUAGUUUGAAGUAUUUCCUUGCCCCUAAGAUUGGUGACGACGAGUAG